UGGCAAGAGUCAAGAGUGGUCGAGCCCCUCUAGGCGUAGUUCUAUUUUGACUCGAGAUUGCCGAGUCGGCUACACGACCUUGCUUCUAGAUCUCCCCUACCUGAUCAGGAACCAGGAGGGACGAGAAAAAAAAGAUGCCUGCCGUGACAAAAGCCUCCGCUCCAUCCGGGAACCCGCGCGCAGCGCCGCAGAACCAAUAUUCCCGCACCCAUGACCCAUGUCACUGGCCCAGGGAGGGUUUUUAGUCCAGACGACUCCGAAUCAGAACGGCGCUACCCAACGAGCCAAUAGCAUCACACCGCGGCGUGUGUGGAGAGAAGGAGGAGGAGGCGGCGGGCGGGCGGCUGCGGGGUUCGAUACCGGGCCCGGCCGACUCCACCGCCAUGGACUGGGAGGCUGUAAAUACGCACGUAGUGUUGCUCGGAGAAUGCGGAGAGGGUCAGGGCGAACCCCACACCCCGAGAAGCGACCACGCCCGUGCGGCGCGUGAGGCACGCCUCGCGCGCUUCGGCGUUCGCUCGGGGGAGCACCAAGGGCUCUGGAGGCUUGGGUAUCUGUUUCGGAGAGGGGAGGGAACCAAGUGGCAGGCAGAAGUUAGGGUGUCCGUCUCUAGGGGAAUCGAAGCUGGCGAGGCGAGGCGAGGCGAUCCAGACGUCCCUCUUUUGGGGGUUCCGCGUUGGGCUACAACCAACACGCGCCUCUUACAGCGGGCCGGCGCAAGCCGAUCCGCUCGUCCGCGUGCCCCGGCCGGCAACACGGGGCUAGACAGGCUUCACGUCAGAUGUCAAGAGCGGCGUGAUAUUUCCUCCCCAGGGCCAUCCUGCGGCUGCAUUUAGAAGAGAAGGAGAUUAAAAAUUAUGACAAAGGAGAUAAAGAAGCGGGAAAAUUUGAAAACGGCAGGUCCAUCCGCCGGCCGAUACGCAUAUCAUCGGGUUUCCCAGACAUCCAUCAUGAACCUCGUCGGCUUCCUGCUUUCGUGCCCUCCCCCCCAGAGAUUAAGAAACGCCCCACCGGGACCACAUCAUCUCGGCUUCGGUGACCUCAGGAUCUUUUUAUAUACAACAUUCCCCAAUGUCGUUUUCCGUUAACCCCUCGCCGCUCAAGCCACCGCAGUCUUGACAGCCACCACCUGCGGCUGCACGGUGCCCGCCUCCAGGGCCCUCUGCUUGCCGCCCAUGU